CAAGCGGAGCAUCUCUGGUCCACGACAACAGCACCGCCGAAUUUACUAUCUGUCCAGAUGGCUUCCAAUCUUCUCCAGCUCGAUUUCGCGAUCCUUGACGUGUUCACCGACACGAAAUACCAGGGAAAUCCACUUGCGGUCGUGCGCGUCCCCAAAACAUGUCCCUUAAGUCAGGAACAAAUGCAGAAGAUCGCGAGGGAGUUCAAUCUUUCUGAGACAACAUUUCUCCACGAGCGUGAGGACGGUCAGUUGGACUCGUGGACGGUAGAUAUCUUCACUACGGUCGAAGAGCUCCCGUUCGCGGGACACCCCACUAUUGGGACUGCAUGCUUCGUCCUUUCGAAUGAGGCCCGUCAUAGUAAUAUAGAGGAAGGAGGGGUUAAAGCCAGGUUCAACUUGAAGGCGGGACCCGUCGAACUUCGAUUUGACGGGAAAAUUGCUAGGGCAGAGAUUCCUCAUGACGUCCACAUCCAUGGAAAAGUUUGGCCCCGGGAAGGACUACUCAAGAUCCAACCGCAACUAGGAGAAGCCUAUCGCAGAGGCGAGGUGCAUCUCAGGGAACAAUACCCUAUAGUGUCGAUUGUCAACGGCAUGACAUUCGUCCUUGUCGAGCUUGAGAGUCUGGAAGCUCUCAAGCUGGUAGCAACAACUUCUUCUAGACUUGGGGCUGAUGAUCUUGAUCAAGGCUGGAGCAGAUCGUUCGUCGGGACGUACUUCUACGUCAAAACGGGAGAGAGUGCGGACGGUGUUAGGUCACUCAGGACCAGAAUGAUUGAAGGUACCCUCGAAGAUCCGGCGACCGGGAGUGCGGCAAGUGAUCUGGCUGCGUAUCUUUCUCUCGUGGAAGGCGAGUCCAAGCAGACGCUCAAGUACGCAAUUACGCAGGGUGUAGAGAUGGGUCGGCGUAGCGAUAUCCACAUCGAUGUGGUCAUGAAGGAGGAGGCAGUGAUCGACAAGGUGUUCCUGGCCGGAGACGCUGUCCAAGUGAUGGAGGGCCGAUUAACAAUCUGAGAGGGCGAGGCUUCGGGUGAGGUGUAGAGAGGCAUUGGACGCAGUUACGCAAGAUGACAUGGGUCGGCAACAUCAGCCGAAGUCUUGGUGCUCAUCCCCCUUGGAAAGACGGGAAGAGGCGUUAGCAACAUUCUUUUGCGGCGCUGAUUCCGGAAUCUUGAAGGCUUGUAUGUAGUAGACCCACGACCAAGACUAAGACCAAGAAUGAGGCCAAGAACCAUCCGCAAGGCGUGUGUUCCGAAAUAGCGGGGCACCAAAGGCUG